AUGCUCUUGAAGAUUGACAUCCACAAAGCCUUUGAUUCUUCAAGGUGGGACUUCAUAAGUCAGGUGAUGACCAAGACAGGAUUUCCUUGUAUCUUUGUCAAUUGGAUUCAGGCUUGCAUCUCUUCCCCAAAGUUUUCUGUGCUUGUUAAUGGCAGCCUGGCAGGCUACUUCGAUGCCUCUGUGGGAAUUAGACAAGGCUGCCCUUUGUCCCCUUAUUUGUUUACUAUGGCUUUGGAAGCUCUCUCUAGGGACAUCCAAAUUUGCACUGAACAACAGCUUAUUGUGCCUAUGCCUAAGUGUAAAGCUCUCAACCUCUCUCUUUUGGCAUUUGCGGAUGACCUGAUGAUCUUCUCUAAAGCUUCAUUAGCCUCUCUAGAGUCCAUUAUGCUUUGCUUGCAGCACUUUCAUGAGCUAUUGGGCCUGCACAUCAACCCCUCAAAGUCCCUCAUCUUCUUUGCGGGGGAUUCUGAGCUGGACAAGGCUCCUUUGCAUCAGAGAUCUGGUUUUUAA